AUGGCUCUCGAUCGCCUUGUUAGUCUCGUUCUCAGAGCGGCUGAGCUUGUGUUCGCCGCCAUCGUCGCUGGAGUUACUGGCGAAUAUCUACACAAGUCCAAUGCGAGCUCUUGGGCCCUUGGAAGAUUCAUCUAUACCGAGGUCGUAGCAGGAAUAUCCAUAUUCUUAGCGUUGAUAUGGCUCUUCCCGUUCUCUAGUACAUUUGUCCACUGGCCCGUGGAUAUAUUCAUCAGUAUCCUCUGGUGGGUUGUGUUUGGUCUACUUGCCAAUUUAUUGGGAGAUUCCUGCGGUGCUUGGUUCGACUGGGACAACGUUUCCCCCAGGGGAGAUCAAUGUGGCAAAUUUAAAGCCGACCUUGCUUUUGCCUUUCUGUCUGCUCUUCUCUGGCUCGUAUCUGCACUUAUUGGCAUCUUUUGGGUGCGCAAGCAAGAGCGCCGUGCGAGAGCCGAGGUGGUUCAUCACCGCCGCCGUUGGUACCGCCGAAGCUACGUUUAA